UUUCCCCCGGCGUGUCGCUAAGGUUCAGUAUGGCCCCCAAAAGCUGUCGCCGGACCGGCUCCCACAAGACCCACUCCUUGGCCCGCCAGUGGAAGACGAAGCGGCGCCGCCGGGAUCUGGAUGAGAUCCACCGGGAUAUGCUGCCCGAGAACUCGGCAAAGCUGCUGCGCCAAGAGCCGGACCCCGACCUGCCCGGGAGCGCCCAGCACUACUGCCUGCAUUGCGCGCGAUACUUUGUCGAUUUGAAAAGCAUGAAGGAUCACUUCAGAUCUAAGGUUCACAAAAAGAGAUUGAAACAGCUGAGCGAGGAGCCGUACACUCAGGAGGAAGCCGAGAGAGCAGCUGGGAUGGGUUCCUACAUUCCUCCCAAGAAGGUGGAAGUCCACACACAACCCCUUGAGGAGAUGGAGGAAUCUAGCUGAGGCGACCAGCACUUUUCUCUGGCCCGUCUGAACAUUCCCACCGUGGCUGAGACAGUGGGGGCAUUGGGCGUAACUGGCACAGGGUGUGUGUAUUCAAAUGAUGCUGUUUCAUGUUAAUAGACUUGAGGCAUAAAAACCAGGAAGUGGAUUUCAGCAAAGAGAGCAGAAACGUCUUUCGUUAUGGUGUGAGGGAGGGAAGCACGUUUACCCUUUUCUCGUUGGCAGUGACUGGAGUUCAGCGGGAGGUCUGGGAAAGGAUGAGCAGAUGCCCCGCUGUCGUAUUGACCCGGUUAUGUAACUAAUUGCUUCUCGUACAAUGGCUCGUAUUUAUAAGCGGUGGCCGUGGAUUUUCAGCGCUUUGCUCUUAAUGUGACCUCUGCCAUCUUCCCAAGUGAGUCCUGGUAAUAAAUGAGCUGGCAAGUUGUUGGCUGUCCCUUGUUUUGCUGAUUUGAUUUGAACGCAUUAAAGUAACGAUGGGCAAACUC